CGUUACUUUGCUGUUUUUCUUCGUUGUUAAAAUAAUCAGCCAGACUUUUGGUGACAUAGACACCCUGAAGCCAGUGAGCUAGCUUAACCUGCUAAGCUAAUGUUAGCAUGAGCUGUCACUAGCUUUGCCUGCUAGGCUGAUGUUAAUAUGAGCUGUACUAGCUUAGCAUGCUAAGCUAAUGUUAGCAUGAGCUGUCACAUCAAGGCGUACAGAUACGGAAGUCACACAUUUGCCAGCUUUGCUCCUGUUGACAUUUUCAGAUAUAAGCCGAGACCUAAAUUUGAAAAUCACUUUUAUACAUGCUGUAUUUUGAUGACAAGUAAAAAUCAAAUAAAGGUAGACCUAGUGGAUGAAAACUUCACAGAGUUAAAGGGGGAAAUCGCAGGACCACCAGACACGCCGUAUGAAGGGGGCAGAUAUCAGCUUGAAAUCAAGAUCCCAGACACGUAUCCCUUUAAUCCACCCAAGGUGCGGUUUAUUACUAAGAUCUGGCAUCCUAAUAUAAGUUCAGUCACCGGGGCAAUAUGUUUGGACAUUUUAAAAGACCAAUGGGCUGCUGCUAUGACUCUGCGUACAGUUCUUCUCUCACUACAGGCUCUGUUAGCUGCAGCAGAGCCAGAUGACCCUCAAGAUGCUGUGGUUGCCAAUCAGUAUAAGCAGAAUCCAGAAAUGUUCAAACAAACAGCCCGUCUCUGGUCUCACGUUUACGCUGGUGCUCCUGUGUCCAGUCCAGAGUACACACGCAAAAUAGAAAAACUUUGUGCAAUGGGCUUUGACAAAAAUGCAGUAAUAGUAGCCUUGUCCUCAAAAUCAUGGGACGUGGAGACGGCGACAGAGGUGCUACUUAGCAACUAACCAUCCAGCUCUCUUCACCAGGCCAUAUUUGCCCCAAACCCGCCCUCGUCAUGCCCCACUCACACAUACACACAUCAGUCAUCUUGGUUUGUGUUUACAAAGAAUCUUUUAGGAGCAUGAGAUCUGAAAUGCUUCCUGGGCAGCAGUCAAGACCGUGAGACAAUUAGAGCAUGGCCACGGAGUCGUCUUUUGUCUCUCUUAGCAAAUGUUUGUGUCCCUUGUCUCCCCCACCACCUUUUUAACAUUUUGACUUGCCACAAUCACACCCCCCCCUCCCCCUCAGGCUGUAACUCGUCUUUUAAAGAAACCAAACAAGACGAAGCCUGUGCAUCACUGUCAUUUCACACUAAAACAAGAGAACGUUCACUUGCGUCCGUGAAACUAUGUUAGUCAUUGAAGAGGCAAACGGUAGCAUGUACAUUUUUGUUCUAUCAGUACAUCAUAAAUGUAACAUUUUGGGAUGUGUAUUUGAAUGGGAUACAUUGCGUAUAAAAAAAAAAAAGAUUCAUAGUGCUCCUUUUGAUUGAUGCCCUCAAAUGUGUGCUUUUCUUUGCUCAUUUGAUUCUUUUGGCUUUAUUUUGCACUAAACAGCCUGUAUAGCAGUUGACAUGGCCAGAUGACAUGGUGUUAUGGUGCGUGCAGAGAAAUGUUCAGACUUAUUGGUCAUUGUUUUUUUUAACGAAAGGAAGAUUGACCCCUUUUCGGAAAUAGGGAGGAUGCAUGAUUAGUGGUCACAAACCCUGCCUUUAUUUCUUUUCGGGGCAGCUGUAGGGGUUGUGACAUCUUGAUCAUUGACAGACCUACCUUGAGUUGCUUCUUCAGUUUUGUCUUUGCAUUUCUGAAGAAUGCAUGCUAUUGAAAGUGUAAUAACACGUAUGACAAACUUUGUACACGUAGAGACAAGUGAAUGGUGAGCUGCUAAUAAUACAUACAUAUUUAAAAUGUAACCAUCAUUGAAAGUUUGGUUAAAAAAACAAGUCUUAAAAGAUGCUUCAAAGCAAAAUGGGCCAAGAGUGAGUACUGCCACAUGAUGCUUUUUGCACCAAUUUUUACCUAGUGUUCCCCCCGUUUUGCAGCUUGCCCUCCCUCCGUGUUAUAGCAUCCGAUUUGUUUUUCAAAACACACCCACUUUCACAGACAGUUGCUUUCAUACACCUCUUUUCUCAUCUACAUACAGCCAAGUUUUCUUUUGGGAAAAGUACUGUUCAUCUCUAGAAUGCACCAUUGAUGGCUGGAUUUAUAUUUUGUAUGAAAAACAAAAAUGAGACAAAAAACAAAAAGACUUUUCUUCCUGAAGUGAUCACCUUGUUCAAUAUUGCACGAAGAAGUGAAUUAAAGGACAAACAUUUCUGUCAAAGGAAAUAUGCUCCUUUACAAAAACAAAAAGAGCCGUACAAGCAUGGUUAUUUAUUGUGAAACUGUCAUUUUUUUUUUGCAUUAAAAAGGUGAAAAAUUUUAAA